CUGCUGUUCCACACCGCAUCUGCCCCUCUUACCUCCGCGCCCAAAAUGUCCUCAAUUUCGGUGAAAGAGAGCGGCCAGCACGCCAACUACGUGGGACCGUACCGGCUGGAGAAGACGCUGGGGAAAGGACAGACAGGUUUGGUGAAGUUGGGGGUUCAUUGUGUCACGUGUCAGAAAGUCGCCAUAAAGAUCGUGAACAGGGAGAAGCUCAGCGAGUCGGUGUUGAUGAAGGUUGAGAGAGAAAUAGCGAUCCUGAAGCUUAUAGAACAUCCUCAUGUACUGAAGCUCCACGACGUGUAUGAAAAUAAAAAAUAUUUAUAUCUGGUACUAGAGCACGUGUCCGGUGGCGAACUCUUCGACUACUUGGUAAAAAAGGGCAGAUUAACACCCAAAGAGGCCCGAAAGUUUUUCAGACAGAUCAUCUCGGCGCUGGAUUUCUGCCACAGUCACUCGAUAUGCCACAGAGACCUGAAGCCGGAGAACCUGCUGCUGGAUGAGAAGAACAACAUCAGGAUCGCAGAUUUCGGGAUGGCUUCUCUGCAGGUCGGAGACAGUCUCUUGGAAACCAGCUGCGGCUCUCCGCACUACGCCUGCCCGGAGGUGAUCAGGGGAGAGAAGUACGACGGUAGGAAGGCAGAUGUUUGGAGCUGUGGGGUGAUUCUCUUUGCACUUUUGGUGGGUGCAUUACCGUUCGACGACGAUAAUUUGAGGAACCUGCUGGAGAAGGUGAAGCUGGGCGUGUUCCACAUGCCUCAUUUCAUCCCGCCGGACUGCCAGAACCUGCUGAGAGGGAUGAUCGAAGUGGACGCAGCCAAGAGACUGACGCUGGAACAGAUACAGAAGCACACGUGGUACAUCGGGGGUAAAAACGAGCCCGAGCCGGAGCAGCCCGUCCCUCGGAAGGUAGCGAUCCGUACCCUCCCCUCGGCGGAGGACAUCGACCCGGACGUGCUGGAGAGCAUGCAUUCGCUCGGCUGCUUCAGAGACAAAAACAAACUGACGAAGGACCUGCUCGCCGACGAUGACAACCAGGAGAAGAUGAUUUACUUUCUGUUGCUGGAUCGUAAAGAGAGGUAUCCAAGCCACGAAGACCAAAACCUGCCGCCACGCAAUGACAUCGACCCCCCGAAGAAGCGAGUGGACUCUCCGCUGUUAACCAGACACAACAAGAGGAGACCGGAGCGUAAAUCUAUGGAGGUUCUGAGUGUAACCGAGGGAGGAUCUCCUGUUCCUGUACGGCGAGCUAUGGACCUUAAUCAGCAUGGACAGAGGUCACGGUCCAUCAGCGGUGCCUCAUCCGGUCUGUCCACCAGUCCUCUCGGCAGUCCACGGCCCGUGCGGCGCUUUUUUAUCCCCCCGCCGUACACGGACGCCGCGCGAUCGGCCAACCCCGUCUCCCGACUCGACGGCACUUCACAGCCGGAUGCGGCACCGAACAACAGAACCCAGACGCUCCCGGCUAAACCCAAAGCACCGGAAAAGCCCCUCCAGAGCGCUCGAUCGAACCCUCUUCCCAACACGACCAGCGCACCUUCCGCCGCCGAGUCCGAGCCAUCGACACCGUCCACGCCUUGCCGUUCCGUCGCCCUGUCCAUCCUCAUACCCGGCAGCCCGAAGGUGCGCCGGCCACCCCUGACCGUGCCCCCCAAGCUCUCUGUGCCCUUCUCUCAGGUGCCGCCUCCCUCCCCCAUCCGCCGUCACCACCUGCACCCACUGGCCAACGCUGACCACAACGGCAAAUGUAUCCCCCCCGCACAGGUCACCCCUCACGCCUCUCCGCGCGCCAGCCCCCUGCCGACGCCCAAAGGGACGCCGGUUCACACGCCCAAGCACAGCCCGGCAGGCACUCCGAGCCCCACGCCUCCUCCCAGCCCCUCUAUCGGAAGCGUGCCCUGGAGGACGAGACUCAACUCCAUCAAGAACAGCUUCCUCGGCUCGCCGAGGUUUCACCGCAGGAAACUACAAGUGCCCACGCAAGAGGAGAUGUCCAGCCUGACGCCGGAGUCGUCCCCCGAACUUGCCAAAAAAUCCUGGUUUGGGAAUUUCAUUAAUUUGGAGAAAGAGGAGCAGAUCUUUGUGGUGAUCCAGGAUAAACCCCUGAGCUCCAUCAAGGCCGACAUCGUUCAGGCUUUUCUCUCGAUCCCCAGCCUCAGCCACAGCGUGGUCUCUCAAACCAGUUUUCGCGCCGAGUACAAAUCCACGGCCGGUCCCGCCGUCUUCCAGAAGCCCGUGAAGUUCCAGGUGGACAUAACGUACACAGAAAGCUCGUUGGCCACCAAGGAGAACGGCAUCUACUCCGUCACCUUCACCCUGCUCUCAGGUCCCAGUCGACGCUUCAAACGAGUGGUGGAGACGAUCCAGGCUCAGCUGAUCAGCUCACACGAACAGCCGACAGUUCAGCAGCUGUCUGGCAGCCCGUUGACUAGCUUCUUUGAAGUAAUCAAACAGCUCUUUUCAGACGAGAAGACGGGGCAGGCGUCGCGGCCCCCCGACACGCCCGAGCACGCCGCCGAGGGGAGACGUGAGUCCGACCCGAACGCCUCGGAACGCACGAAAGAGAACGGCGAGGCGGCCUCGGCGAUCAGGACUCGAGAGGAAGCGUAAAUCCGGGAGCGCUAGAACAUAAAAAUCACAAAUCUGUAAGCUCGACCGUUCGGUCCUCUACGGCGUAAUCGUUUCCAAUCGAUUCUUCCCGAGUGGGGCGAAACGGACCCGAACGUCCAGUACCUCUCUCGUCCUGUCGUUUUCUAAUGUACGUUCGUUUCAUGACGAUGACGGCUUUGCACAUCUCUGCUCUCAGGAAUUAUCCAGAAGUGUUAGAACGGACG